AUGUACCAACCCACUAUCAGUCAUUUCUUUAAGUCUUCUCAAGCCUCUUCUUCUCAAGAAGCCUCUUCCAAGGAAGAAAUCCAAAAAGAGGACGCUGGUGAAGUAGGUGAGAAUAUGAAUAAACAGGAACUGAUAAAUAUCCUAGACUCCGAUUCAGAUGCAGAUUCGGAUAUUGAUGUUCGAAUCGAAAAUGGAGAUAUUCAUAAGGAUUCGUGUCCUAUUGAUGAGCAGAAAGAAAUUGGCACUGACAGUGUGAAUGGUCGUGACCAAAAGGUGAAAAGCGUUAGUCUCAAAUUGAACGGUUUUGCUUCAAAUGGGUCUAUAAGCCGACAAGAUAAUUUUAAUGAAAGGCUAAAGUCGAUAAUGAAAAAGCGUAGUAUAGGUUCACUUUUUUCAAACGAAAGUGAGGAAGAAGCAGAUGCAGACGAGAAGAAAAGCAAAUCUGCUAAAAAGUUGAAAGGUAGUAGCAAACUUACCGAACUCGAUCAGCAGUUCAAAGAAUUGAAGUUAAACCAUAUGGAUACGAUAUUGUGUGUUAGAGUUGGAUACAAAUACAAAUUUUUCGCACAGGAUGCAGAGAUCGUCAGCAAUAUUCUGCAAAUUAGGCUAGUUCCAGGUAAAAAGACCCUAGAUGACUCUGAUCCCAACGAUAAGAAUUAUAGAAAGUUCCAAUAUUGCUCUAUUCCGGAUACACGGCUACAUGUUCAUCUACAAAGAUUGGUAUACUUCAAUUAUAAAGUAGCUGUGGUAGAACAAACCGAAACAAGUGCCCUUAAAAAAAAUAGCACCAAUGGUAAUACUUUAUUCGCCAGAGAGAUCAAAAAUAUUUUCACAAAGGUUUCUUAUGGUGUAAAUGAAUCUUUCAAUAAGGCAGGAGAUGAUGUGUUGGGUGAUUUGAGUUCAGUAUGGGCCAUUUCCUUAAAUGAAACAUCCAAAUUACGAAAAGUAACGAUUGUUUCAGUUCACUUAAAUUCUGGUGAAGUGAUAUUUGAUCAAUUCACAGACGAUAAACUUUUGAACGUGAACUUGGAAGCCCGAAUUCGUCACUUAAAUCCUACGGAAGUUAUAUCUGAGGUUGAGCUUCCGGCUUCAAUAAAAACUAUUUUUACUAGAAUUAACCAUGACGCUCAAUUCUACCAGUCACAUAAGGAAGAUUGUCCAGAAUUGAUGGCCAUUCUUGAACACUUGGAUCUUCAUCCGGAUAUUAAAAGGCUAUUAUCCAUUUUACAUUCAUAUUUAUCAACUUUUGAGAAUAACAAGGUUCUAUAUUUCCCAUCCAAUUAUUCCUCAUUCACUUCGAAACAUUCAAUGGUUUUACCAAAUGAUUCUGUUGUAAAUCUUGAAAUUUUUGAAAAUUCCACCACUCAUAAGACUAUGGGCUCUCUCCUAUGGGUUAUGGAUCAUACAAGAACUACUUUUGGUUUCAGAUUACUUCGUAAAUGGAUUUCAAAGCCCCUUAUAGAUAUAGAAUCAAUCCAACAAAGACAGGACGCUGUCACAUGCAUAAUGGCUGAAGUUCGCAACAUCUUCUUCGAAUCUCUCAACGAGAUACUCAGCAAAAGCAUAGAUCUAGAACGCUCUUUGAACAGAAUUGCUUACGGAAGUACUUCAAGAAAAGAAGUCUAUUUUUUUCUUAAACAGAUAGCGUCUUUCUCAUCUCUUUUCAAUUCACAUCAUGUUUAUAUUAAAGACCAACUUCACAAUGAGAACUCUCGAAUUAGAAAUGGAUCCGUAUUGUUGUACAAUAUUUUAAAAGAGCUAAACGACUUUUUUGUCACCACAAAUCUUCCUCUUCUCCUGGAGAUGAUAAAUGUUGAUGCAGCCUUAGAUAAGAAUGUGCAUAAGAAUGCUGUUGAAUUCUUCAACCUUACGAAAUAUGAUUCAUCAGCAACUCUUUUGCAGAAACAUAGAGAUAUUGAAGAUGUAAAGAUGGAACUUGAAGAAGAGUUGCAUAACAUAAGAAAAAUUUUAAAGCGACCCGCAAUGAAUUACAAAGAUACUAAAGAUUAUCUAAUUGAAGUCAGAAACACUCAAAUUAAAUCAAUCCCUCAUGAUUGGGUAAAAAUAAAUGCUACUAAAACUGUCAGCAGGUUCAGAACACCGAAAACUGAGGCGCUCAUCAAUAAGUUUCGGUAUCAUAAUGACCUCUUGAGUAUUCUUGCUGAAGAAGAAUUCAAAAAUUUCCUAAAUCGAAUAAUCAAAGAUUACUCUCAUAUAAAAAAAUGCAUUAAUAACUUGGCAACUUACGAUUGUAUUUUGUCUCUAGCUGCGACAUCUUCGAAUAUCAACUACAUUAAGCCAUGUUUUACAGAUAAAAGUCAAACUUUAAAGGUCAAGAAUGGAAGAAAUCCCAUCAUAGAAUCACUUGACGUAAACUAUGUCCCAAACGACAUUCUUAUGUCUUCUAAUAAGAGUAAAAUAAACAUAAUAACAGGACCAAAUAUGGGUGGUAAAUCAUCAUACAUUAGGCAGGUAGCGUUAUUAGUCAUCAUGGCUCAAAUUGGAUGUUAUAUUCCUGCGGAUUCUGCAGAACUUUCUAUUUGUGACAGAAUAUUUACGAGAAUUGGGUCGCACGACGAUUUGGUUAAAGGUAAAUCAACUUUUCAGGUGGAAAUGUCUGAAGUGUUACAUAUAUUGAACUCUGCUACUCCACAGUCUUUGUUACUUCUAGAUGAAGUCGGUAGGGGUACUGGCACACACGAUGGGCUAAGUAUCUCCUAUGCAAUCCUGGAAUAUUUUAUUACUUUGCGUGAACGCUGCCCCAUGGUUUUGUUUAUCACUCAUUACUCUGACUUAUGCCGAAUAGAUUCACCUCUGGUCGCCAACUAUCACAUGUCAUUCAUAGAAAAGUACCGAGAAGGUGAAAAAUGGGCCAAUGUGAUAUUUCUCUACAAGUUAGUACCAGGCCAAACUCACAAUUCUUAUGGGUUUAAUGUUGCCAAAUUGUCCAACAUUCCCACAAACAUCAUUAAUAGAGCAUUUGAAGUUGCACAAGAAAAGUUAUUGUCAAAUAAACACAACGCCCUAAUCGAGACAAUAAACACUAUGAAAAAUGUAAACCAAAGAAAAAUUACUACUGAGGAUAUCAGAAGAAUUCAAUUUUUCACUAAGGAUAUAUAA